GGAGGGGGCAUCUCUCGGCGAGUCACGAUGAUGGCGGCCACCAGCUUGUGGUGAGCUAGCGGAUUCUCUGCUUGUUUCGAAGCGCUUCUCGAGCUUUCUGCACACUCAGGGGCUGGUGCUGAGGACGCUAGGCGGUCCGAUCUCGCGGGAAAGGCCGCAGGCGCGUAGGCAGCCGCGCGGCCCGAGGCCACGGCGCGGGGAGAGGCCGCCCCGCUGGGCGAAUGUGACAAAUCCCCACCCCCACCAUCUUCCUUCCGAGCGCACGAGGAGCGCGGGCGACCCCAGGGCCACGCCAGGCCACAGACCCCGCCCAGCGGCCAGCACCUGGAGCAGGCCCGGCAGCGGAGCUGCGCGGCGGCACCAUGCAGGUCACCCUGAAGACUCUCCAGCAGCAGACCUUUAAGAUCGACAUCGACCCCGAGGAACAGGUGAAAGCACUGAAAGAGAAGAUUGAAUCUGAAAAGGGGAAAGAUGCCUUUCCUGUAGCUGGUCAGAAGUUAAUUUAUGCAGGUAAAAUCCUCAAUGAUGAUACUGCUCUAAAAGAAUAUAAAAUUGAUGAGAAAAACUUUGUGGUGGUUAUGGUGACAAAACCCAAAGCAGUGACAACACCAGCACCAACAACGACGCAGCAAUCAAAUCUUACCACCACUACCACAGUUAGUUCCUCCACAGCACCAGCUGUGGCUCAGGUCCCAACCCCCACCCCUGCUUUGGCUCCCACUCCUACUCCUACUCCCACUCCCACUCUUACUCCUACUCCUACUCCCACUCCCACUCCCACUCCCACUCCUACUCCCACUCCCACACCUACAUCUAUCACUCCAGCAUCAGCGACAGCAUCUUCUGAACCUGCACCUGUUAGUGCCACAAAACAAGAGAACCCUGUAGAACAGCCAGCAGAAACACCAGUGGCUACUAGCCCGACAUCAACUGACAGUACAUCAGGAGAUUCUUCUCGGUCAAAUCUUUUUGAAGAUGCAACAAGUGCACUUGUGACAGGUCAGUCUUACGAGAAUAUGGUAACUGAGAUCAUGUCAAUGGGCUAUGAACGCGAGCAAGUAAUUGCAGCCCUGAGAGCCAGUUUCAACAACCCUGACCGAGCAGUGGAGUAUCUUUUAAUGGGAAUUCCUGGAGACAGAGAAAGUCAGGCUGUGGUUGAUCCCCCUCCGGUAGCUACUACUGGGCCUCCUCAGUCUUCAGUGGCUGCAGCUGCAGCAACUACGACAGCAACAACUACAACAACAAGUUCUGGAGGACAUCCCCUUGAAUUUUUACGGAAUCAACCUCAGUUUCAACAGAUGAGACAAAUUAUUCAACAGAAUCCUUCCCUGCUUCCAGCAUUGCUACAACAGAUAGGUCGAGAAAAUCCUCAAUUACUGCAGCAAAUUAGCCAACACCAGGAGCAUUUUAUUCAGAUGUUAAAUGAACCAGUUCAAGAAGCUGGUGGUCAAGGAGGAGGAGGAGGGGGUGGAGGAGGCAGUGGAGGAAUUGCAGAAGCUGGAAGUGGUCACAUGAACUACAUUCAAGUAACGCCUCAGGAAAAAGAAGCUAUAGAAAGGUUAAAGGCAUUAGGAUUUCCUGAAGGACUUGUGAUACAAGCAUACUUUGCUUGUGAGAAGAAUGAGAACUUGGCUGCCAAUUUUCUUCUACAGCAAAACUUUGAUGAAGAUUGAAAGGGACUUUUUUUUUUUUAUUUCACACUUCACACCAGUGCAUUACACUAACUUUGUUCACUGGAUUGUCUGGGAUGACUUGGGCUCAUAUCCACAAUACCUGUAUAAGGUAGUAGAUUGUUGGGGGUGGGAGGGAGGGAUCUAGGAUAAAUACAAUGCAUGUCUGCUUCAAUUAGCAGAUGCUGCAGAUCCACACAGUGUGUAAAAUAGACAACCAAAAAGCAGCUUUUGCAGGUCUCUAUCUCUUGUAUAAAAAAGUAGGUAACUUCCUAGGUUUCACUCUUUUUAGUGUACUAGAUCCAGAAAUUUAGUGUAAUGCCCUGCUUUAUAUUUCUUUGACUUAACAUUGGUUUCAUAAAGAAUCUUUGCUACCUAGAAUCUACAGUCUCUAUUUCAUGGCAACACUGGAUAAUGGCUUUAUGAAAUUGAAUCAAAUUUGGAACAACUGCGAAGAGAUGCCAAAUAAUUGAUGGUUAUUGUUGCUGCUCCAAAUAAGUAUAAAAUUAAUGUCAAGAAAGCCCAUUCUUUCAUGUUAAAUACUUGGGUUGGGGUGGAGAAGAAGGGGAACCUUUUCUUAAAGUGAAAAUACUGCUAUUUUAAAAUCUCUUGAUCAAUGAAUGUGAGACCCUUCUGACAUGAUUUGAGAAGCUGUACAAGUAUAGGCAGACUUAUUUCCUGUUUACAUUUUUUUGGUUUGUUUGGGGGGAAAUUGGUAGGUGUCUAAUUACUGUUUACUUCCUUGUUAUAUUGCAGUAAAAGUUUUAAAACCACCAUUGCAUGUUUGCUUUUGAUGUGUCCCUUUGUGGAAUUAGCACUUUGGGACCAAUGGAGAAAUGCAGCGCUCACUCUCCUUUGUCCCUUCCCUCAGCAGAACCAUGCUUGUCACCAAGUUGUGAGUUCAAACUGCUGCCUUUCUUAAACCCACAAAGGCUGAUUCAGUUCAAAAUUAAUGCAAAUGUUUUAAAUCUGGGUUUCUGAUAUUUGUAAGUGUUUUUCCUUAUUAGAAAAGAAUGUAUGGCUGUUAAAUUGCUUUCAAAAAGAAGGUGGACAGAACUAUAAUCCAGCAUCUUUUAUUUGAAAGACUGAGGAAAUCUUUUGGAAGGGUUGGGAGUUGAGGCUGGAAAAGUACUUUGGAAAAUAUACAAUCAAGAUAUCUCGUAGCACAUUAAAGGAAAACUCUUAAUA